GCACAGAGCGGCUGGCGCGCGGACGGUAGUGGAGAUGAGCACGGGGACCACAGUGCGCUCUCUCACCCAGCACGUUCAAACCGUCCCCUUCAUCUACGUGCGGGACGCUCCUGAAACCUGGCAGGUGCCUCCUGAGGAGUGGAGCUGUUUCACCAGUCUGUUGUAUCCUGAAUCGUGGUGGGGUCACCGAUGAUCUGCUCAUCUACUCCUACUUUGCGCCUGUUCUUCCUCCUUUGCCCUCUCCUCCCUUUUCUUUAACUCCCCUCCCCUCCUAUUCUGUCUUUCCCAGCCCCAACCUCAGACCCAGUAAAGGGAGCAACACAGAAGCUGGCAAAGGAUGAAGCAGGACUGUCUGCCAACAUCAGACAGAGGAUAGAAGACACAAAAGGACCAUCGAAGGGGAGGGAGAGUGAGAGACUGAGAGGACGACUCUUGUGGAGAGCCACCAUAUAGCUGUGAGAGAUAACAACAACCCUCAAGAUGCCUUGCCGAAGGAAAAACACAAGUUUCACUUGAGCAUCAUGAGCUAGCAAGGUGCCUCCAAAAGACACAAAACUGUGGACUUCUAUUCAACAAACUUUGGACUCGCACACCUAAAAAAAGUUGUGGAGCCACUCACUCCUGCUCUCUGGGGCUCCCUGUGAACACCUGCUAUGCCUCUGUGAGAAGUCUGAACCAUGCCAGCCAAGGGGAAGUACCUGCUGAAUGACCAGGAGCUGAAAAAUGAGGCGCUGUACCGCAAAUUCUCCUGCAUCAGCCAGUAUCAGCCGCUGGUGCUCCUGCUGGGCCUCUCCAUGAUCUCCUGUGCAAUCCUCCUCAUCCUCUUCUUUGCUCUUGGACUGAGUGCAAGAGAACACUGUGCCUUUGUGAGCGUGGUGAGCGGCAGCCUGUGUGUGUUCUUGGCCGUAUUUGUGCUGGUGUGUACGGAGAUACUCUCGCAGCGAUGGAGACGUCUACUGGGCCUGAUUGUCUGGGCCACACACCUCACCAUGGGCUACACAUUCAUCUUCUGCAGCCCCAUCAUCCUGCCUUGGGACCAGGUGCCUUUCUUCCUCUUCAUCAUCUUCACCGUGUAUACCAUGCUGCCAUUCCAGAUGUGGUACGCUGUGGUGCUCAGCAUCAUCUCCUCCAUGUCCCACAUUAUAGCCCUCACAGUGCGCCUCACCAUUUACAGCAAUCAGCCUAACCGUUACAUUGCGCAACAGCUUCUGUCCAAUGUAGUGGUAUUUCUGUGUGGCAGUGUAGUUGGAGCCUUCCACAAGGUCCUUAUGGAGAAAACACUGAGGCAGACCUUCCAAGACACCCUGAGGUGCCUGAGCAUGCGGAUGAAGCUGGAGAUAGAAAAAAGACAACAGGAGAACCUGCUACAGUCCGUGCUGCCGGUGUACAUCUCCAUGAAGAUGAAGCUUGCCAUCAUGGAGCGAUUGCAAGACUGUAAAGACAAAGCAGAGCAACAGCGGCUCGUUAAAGAUAAUAACUUCCACAGUCUUUAUGUCAAGAGGCAUGAGAAUGUCAGUAUUCUGUAUGCUGACAUUGUUGGCUUCACCCGGUUGGCCAGUGACUGUUCUCCUAAGGAGCUGGUCAUCAUGCUCAAUGAACUAUUUGGAAAAUUUGACCAAAUUGCCAAGGAGAAUGAAUGCAUGAGAAUCAAAAUCCUUGGCGAUUGCUACUACUGUGUGUCAGGGCUGCCGGUCUCUCUGCCUAAUCACGCCAAGAACUGUGUCAAAAUGGGCCUCGACAUGUGUGAAGCUAUUAAGCAGGUGCGCGAGGCCACAGGAGUGGAUAUUAACAUGAGAGUGGGGGUGCAUUCUGGCAACGUGCUCUGCGGCGUUAUAGGUCUUCGCAAAUGGCAGUUUGACGUGUGGUCACAUGACGUCACUCUGGCCAAUCACAUGGAGUCCGGAGGCCUUCCAGGACGAGUCCACAUCACAGAGGCAACUCUGAAGCACCUAAACAAGGCGUAUGAAGUGGAAGAGGGCAACGGUCACUCCAGGGAUCCCUACCUGAAAGAGCUCAACGUCCUCACCUACCUGGUCAUUGAUCCACGGUCUAAGGACCCAUCACUGUACACCAGGAGUGCACCUAAGCCUAGAGUGAAUGAUGGCCUGAAGAUGCGGGCAUCUGUGCGUAUGACCCGUUACCUGGAAUCGUGGGGCGCUGUCAAACCGUUCGCCCACCUCCAGAGCCCAGAGGGCUUUACCCCAGACACUGGUGUCAAUGGCAAGCCACACUGCAAGGACAUUCCCCUGCGAACAGCUCCUACAUCGAAACUCCCUGACAGCUUUGAUGAGUCUCUAGAGGAACCAUUGUCCUUGCCUGCACAUCCAUUCAGCAGCCAUAAGAACAAAUCCCAGAAGAUCAAGUUUGAUGAGGAGCUACACAAUGAGAUGACCACUACCAUAGAUGAGCUCAGUAGCAAGCAGUGGUCUAAGUCUGAAGAGAGUGUCCGAUUAGCUCUGUGGUUUCCUAAGAAAGAUCUAGAAAAACAGUACCGAGCGCUGGAUUUGCCGAUGUUCAAACACUACGUUGGCUGUGCCACCUUCAUCUUCCUGUGCAUCUUUGUAAUUCAGAUGUUUGUCACAAAGGAUCGACAGAUGCUGGGAAUGUCUUUCGGAGUGUUGGUUUGUGUGCUGCUGCCGACUCUGGCCAUCUGUUACGCAGGUCACUUACAGCUCCUGUUUCCAGAUAAGCUGUCAAGGUGCCACUGGCUGCCAGCUGUUUCAGAGGCGGUGGUGAAGAGGCCGUGUGUGCGCCUCCCUCUGGCCACAAUCACUACAAUGGUCAUUAUUAUCUUGGCAGUGUUCAACCUGUGCUUCAUUGAGAAAAGUAUGACAGACGAUAUUUCUGACCUAUGUCACGCAAAUAAUUCGCAUGAGCAAGGAUUAGAUGGAGGCCUCUUCUACCUGCCGUACUCCGUGUACUGCUGCAUCCUCUCCCUCAUUGCAUGUGGAGUCUUCCUGCGGGUGAGCUUUGAGCUCAAAGUGUUCUUCCUCACCCUGGCCUCCACAGUGUACUACAUCAUCAUCCUCAGCACCAAGAGGGAAAUCUUUUUGGUCUAUGGAAAUGUCCUCUACGCUCAGACUAACAGCAGCUGGGACUGCAGCAGAGAAGAUGAUUCUAUCCUGAGAUGGAUAGGUCUGGUGAAACACCCGCAGGUGAUGAGCUGCAUAUACAUCAGCCUCUUCCUGGUGACGAUGCUCAUCAUCUCACAACAGAACGAGUCCUGCUUCCGCCAGGAUUUUCUACUGAAGUACAAGAACCACACGGAGCAGGACGAGAUCGAGACCAGGGAGAACCUGAACCGGCUGCUGCUGGAGAACGUGCUUCCGGCUCAUGUGGCAACGCUGUUUGUUGGGGAGAACAAAAAGAAUGAGGACCUCUACUACAAGUCCUAUGACUGUGUGUGUGUGAUGUUCGCCUCGGUGCCAGACUUCAAAGAAUUUUACACAGAGUGCGAUAUCAACAAGGAGGGCCUGGAGUGUCUGCGGCUGCUCAAUGAGAUCAUCGCCGACUUUGACGAGCUGUUGUCCAAGCCAAAGUUCAGCGGCGUGGAGAAGAUCAAGACAAUUGGCAGCACUUACAUGGCUGCUGCAGGGCUCAGUGGGGCGCAGGGUCAGGAGAACAAUCAGGACCGAGAGAAGCAACAGGCCCAGAUCGGAAACAUGGUGGAGUUUGCCAUCGCUUUGAUUGGCAAGUUGGACGGCAUCAACAGACAUUCCUUCAACAGCUUCAGGCUGCGUGUGGGCAUCAAUCACGGUCCAGUGAUCGCAGGAGUGAUCGGGGCGAGAAAACCUCAGUACGACAUCUGGGGCAACACGGUGAACGUGGCGAGCAGGAUGGAGAGCACCGGGGAGCUCGGAAAGAUCCAGGUAACAGAGGAGACAUCCGAGGUGUUGCAGAAGCUGGGAUACUCCUGCGAAUGUCGGGGAUUUAUCAAUGUCAAGGGGAAAGGUGAGCUCAAAACUUUCUUUCUGUGCACCGACAUGAGCAAGCAGCAAGGCAUGGGGCUGAGCUGAGGGUCGGGCCACCGCGGCCGACGGACUCACGCACACAAAGUCAAAGAGUUUACAAACUGUUGUGCGUCACAAAGUGUUGACACAGACCGGACUGUGGCGCUGCUGUGUUCCUGUGACCGUGCUGAAUGAAAAAUACCGAGGACUGAAAAGGAACUGCUGCUGCGAUGACAUUGAACUCUCUUCACUUCUGGGCCCUUUUUGCCCGUUCAGGAAGUGGGAGUCAAGCUGGGAAGUUUGUCACUAUGUACAAUCAAAAUCUGUUUCUAUUCACGAACGCAUUCGCAUUCAGUUGUCAGUCACUUUUGUAUCCCCCUUUUUUUUUUGUCUUUGACUUGGAUGUUUGAGAAAAAAACACACAGCUGGAGCAUUUUUGAAGAUCAUAUUUGGAUCAUAUUGUUUGACCCACAUAGUUUUCCAGUUUGACAAGGGAAGGACACUGCUGUUACUGUGUAAUGAGCCAGACUUACAAGUACAUGACGCUGUUUCAAUGUCGAGAAACAGACUGUACACUCAAUGCGGACGUCCUUACGCUCUUAUAUCUUCAGCGUCUUUGAUUAUUAACCCAGAAGUUUAGUUGUGACACGUUGUCAUGUUCGGUUCCAAGUGUGCUAACCUAUGAAAAGAUAUUUGCCGUUUCAAGAGGACGGAGACGAGUAAAUCCACGUGCUGUGUGCAAGGCAUCCGUCGUCAGUGUGUACUCAGCUGGAAUAAGAAAUCUGUUUUCACUCACUGUUGUCGGCCUGACUGCAUCGCGGGAAACCCGUGUCUCUCUGCACCGGUGUCAUCCGUUCGUGUGACCCAGCACCUCAAGCUCCUGCCUUGCUGUGAAUGUUUACCCGAUGGUCACCUGACCCGAAAUGGAACACUCUGUGCCUCUUGAAAACUAAUUUGUCUUGUGGCCUUGUCUUUUCAGACCAUCAUUUAGUCUGUCAUUGUGGUUACAUAAUAAUAAUAAUAAUAAUAAUAAGCCUUAAUGUGAACAAAUGUGACAUUGGAUUUUGUACAGUUACAGAAUGUAAUAAAUGUUUUCCUAAGUGUC